CGCUUACAUCAGUUGCCAGUCAGCCACCAUCCACAGCCUACCUUACGUAGUACUCCGAGGGUUUCCCCUCAAUAAUUGAAAGAUGUACUUGCCUGGGUAGGUAUCCUGCAUACAUAGCCCUCCAGAUUGUUCCCAUGAUCAGUAUUACUAUUUGAUCUAUGACUGGACACAUUCGUGACUGGGGAGAUGGACGAUAUAGAGCAAAAUACGACAGGAACUUCCAUAGACAAUACAGUUACACCAGCAAGCGGAAUUGCUAGUCCUCAGUCUUGGGAAAAGGCAUAUAAGCAACACUACGAGAAUUUUGUUACAUUAGUCUCGCCGAGAUGGGCCAUACAAGACUUUCUCAUUCGGAUGGUGUGCGGGUUGUGCGGACAAACAGCAUCAGUGCCGCGCAGCAGGUUAGGCUAUCGCGUUAACUUCGCCGAGAUGCAAAGGAUGUACAUGAGAGCACUACAGAUCGAUCUCAUCAAGCUUGGUGUUGAGAUGAGAUUUGACGAGACAUCGCAGAAGGCCGAGGGCUGGGGCGACAUGCCAGUGGGGUUGAAGAAAAUGGACGCGAUAUUGAAGGCGUAUAUACAAGCCGUUCGAGACUACGAGUACAUGACCGAUGCUACGCAGAAACAAUACGACAUGUUCAUCGCCUCGUCCGAGCGAGAUCAAGAUCACGUGCACCUAAGGGCAGCAAUUCUUCGCGCCCAAAAAGGCGUGGAUGAUUUCGAAGAUUCAGAGCAAAAGUAUGCAUUGCCCACUGGUCCUUGGGAGGUAGUUCGCGCAGGUGAAAAACCGGUUCCUAUUGGAGGAACUCGAAACGCCAGUGUUCAGAGCCUUUUACGACGGGCUCUCCUAACGCGGGUCUUCCUAGCAUUACUAUGAUCCGCAUUCUUGAUUGGACCCAUGUGGCUUUUAGCUCUCAAGAGAGAUCUGAUCUUUGAUCUGGGGACUACGACAGUUGCUGUGACGAUAUUUGGGCUGCUCCUAGCGUUCGUCGUCGAAAAAGGAGACCA